GUCCUCUGGCUCCGGGUCCGGCUGGCCUCACUCCAGAGAUUGCGCGAGCCCAGGGACUAGGCCCGUGGCCACACCCCCUUGCGACAAAGACCAAUGGAAGCGUGCGUUGCUGGUUGUUAAGGAAACCCCCGGCAGCAAGAUGGCGGCGGCCGGCGAGGGCAGCCAGAGCUCUCGCGGGCCGCGCCGGGACCCGCCGAGGCGGCCGCCCCGGGACGGUUAUGGUGUCUACGUGUACCCAAAUUCCUUCUUUCGAUAUGAAGGAGAAUGGAAAGGAGGGAAGAAACACGGCCACGGGAAGUUGUUAUUUAAAGAUGGCAGUUAUUACGAAGGGGCGUUUGUGGAUGGAGAGAUCACGGGCGAAGGCCGCCGGCACUGGGCCUGGUCAGGGGACACCUUCACUGGACAGUUUGUUCUGGGAGAGCCUCAAGGACGUGGCGUCAUAGAGUACAAAGCCGGCGGGUGUUACGAAGGGGAGGUCUCCCACGGCGUGCGGGAAGGACAUGGGUUUCUGGUGGAUCGGGACGGACAGGUGUACCAGGGCUCCUUCCAUGGCAACAAGAGGCACGGGCUGGGGCAGAUGCUCUUCAGGAACGGUGACAAGUACGACGGCGACUGGGUCCAGGACCAGCGUCAGGGACACGGGGUGCUGCGCUGCGCCGACGGCUCCACCUAUGAGGGACAGUGGCACAGCGACGUCUUCAGUGGACUGGGCAGCAUGGCCCACUGCUCAGGGCUCACCUAUUCUGGGUUGUGGAUCAACGGCCACCCAGCAGAACAAGCCACGAAGAUGGUGAUCUUGGGUCCGGAGGUGAUGGAAGUGGUCCAAGGCUGUCCCUUCUCGGUGCACGUUCAGCUGCUGCAGGACCAAGGGGAAACUGCCCAGAGUGAGAGCGGCCGGGUCCUGCAGAUCUCAGCGGCUGUCAGAUACGUGCAGCUGCCGGCUUACUCUGAGGUCAGCUUUUUCCACGUGGACGGAGACAACCAAGAGACACGCCUCCAGACCCCAUUUGGGUUCGAAUGCAUCCCCUAUCCUGUGUCCAGCCCUGAAGCUGGGGUGCUGGGGCCCAGAGCUGCCAAGGGAGGUGCAGAAGCCGACGUGCCCCUGCCCGGGGGAGACCAGGAGCUGGAUUCGGAUGCCCUCCAUGGCCAGGACACCCUCGGUGACCAGCUUGCCACGGGGUGCGCGCCCUGUCGUCCCGGGGCCCGUCAGCGAGUGCAGCAGGGCCACGCCACGUUCACGGAUGUCCUCCUGGGGCCGCCCCCGUCCGGGUACCACCCCUUCCUGUUCCUGGACAGCCUCCGCAAGAAGGCAGGCAGCAGAUCCAGAGGCGGCCCGCACCCGGGGGCAGCACCGCCCACCGCACCGGAGCCGCCGGGAGGCAGCAGGCCUGAGGGGAGAGCCAUGGAGAAGCGGGCUGUGGCGGCAGCGUACCCAGGAGAGUAUGUGGUCGUGAUCCGUGAUGUGACCACCCCGCCGUUCCUGGGGCGCACACUGCCCACUGCCUUCAAACACCUGCGGGUCGUCGCCAACAGCUCUGGCCAGCGGCCCCAUGUCCUGGAAGAAGGAGACCCUGAAGCCUCAGGUGGCUGGCAGGCCACCUACAGCUGCACCCCAGAGCCGCCAGUGCCUCGGUGAGGCCCCGUGUCCACAGGUGGCCACCUCGGUGUGAACAGAAGGGAACGCUGCCUCUGUGUGCGGGCCCUGCUCCCCGAUUCCGCGGGCAGCCCUGAGCCCUGCAGCUGCCAGCUUGAAUAAAACGCUCAGUGGUGGCUCUGGAGGGCACUGCUCCUUGGGCCCCACACAGGCAGCUCGGCCCUCCCCACAUGCCCGCCCGCUCACGGAGGGACUAGAGCCCACGCCGCCACUCACUGCUGCAGC